CCAUCCCUCACCUACUUCAUCUGCAGAAGCAGCAUCAUUCUUCUAUACCUCAACAAUGGCGAGCUCCAAUAUUGCCCGAGUUGUAUGUGCAGCUCUCUUAGUCUUGUGUAUGGUUGUGCCAAGCUUGGCCACUGUUUACACCGUCGGAGACACCUCCGGUUGGGUCAUGGGUGUCGAUUACAGCACCUGGACCAGUGGCAAGACCUUUACAGUGGGUGAUAGCCUCGUGUUCAACUAUGGAGGUGGACACACGGUGGAUGAGGUGAGUGCUGGCGACUACAAGACAUGCACUGUGGGCAAUUCCCUGAGUUCGGAUAGCAGCGGCGCAUCCACCAUCGCUCUCAAAACUGCAGGGACUCGCUACUUCAUAUGUGCAGUCGUCGGCCAUUGCGGGAGUGGUAUGAAGCUUGCUGUAACUGUGAGCAAAACUAAAAAAGCAUCAGCCCCUGCACCAUCAGCAGAUAAUACACUGGCGGCUGACGCCCCCACUGCAUCGUCCGGGACCGGAAAACCAUCAGGUGGCAAUACAACUGUUACCACUCCAGCUGCUAACAAACCCACGUCCACAUCCUCAUCCACAACCUCCACUCAUUCAUCUUCAGGGACUGCUCUCUCUCCAAUUGCUGUGGCUCUAUUGGUUAUUUCUUGGCCUGUUUUUUCUAUGCUGGUUCUCUCAUAAACUUGGCUAGAAUACAUGCAUAAUCUAGCCAGGUUGGAGGCAGUGCUCUUUCUUUCUUUCUUUGUCCUGUUUGUAUUGAGAUUUUCCUUAGUUUAUGGAUUGGUGCUUGAAUUGCAGGA